AUGCAGCCCCGCCGGCAACCGUCACCCGCGCCCCCGCCCCCGCCCCCGCCCCCGGCCCUGCGCCCCGGCGCCCCGCUGCUCGCGCUGCUGCUGUUGCUCUCCCUCCGGGGGGCGGCGGCGGUGCCCGAGGAGCCCGGGCAGUCGCAGGACGCGGGGCCGUCGCGCGGGCUCCUGCAGCAGGCGGCGCGCGCGGCGCUGCACUUCUUCAACUUCCGCGCCGGCUCGCCCAGCGCGCUGCGGGUGCUGGCGGCCGUGCAGGAGGGUCGCGCCUGGGUUAAUCCAAAGGAGGGAUGUAAAGUUGACCUGGUGUUUAGCACAGAGCGCUACAAGGCAGAGGAAGGCGAGGAAGGUUUGGGGAAAUGUUCUGCUCGAGUGUUUUUCAAGAAUCAGAAACCCAGACCAGCCAUUAACGUAACUUGUACACGGCUCUUUGAGAAAAAGAAACAGCAGCAGGAGGAUUACCUGCUUUACAAGCAAAUGAAGCGACUGAAGGCCCCCUUGGAUGGAGUCAGCAUUCCUGACAGUCAUGGACACAUUGAUCCCUCUCUGAGGCCCGUCUGGGAUCUGGCUUUCCUUGGCAGCUCGUACGUGAUGUGGGAGAAGACAACCCAGUCUUUGCACUACUACCUGGCCCAGCUCACUGGCGUGAAGCAGUGGAAAACUGAUGACGAUGAAAUUGAUUUUGAUUAUACUGUACUGCUUCAUGAAUUCUCAACACAGGAAAUAAUUCCCUGUCGUAUUCACUUGGUCUGGUACCCUGGCAAACAACUUAAAGUGAAGUACCACUGUCAAGAGCUGCAGACACCAGAAGCCUCUGGAACUGAAGAAGGAUCGGCUGUGGCACCAACCAAGCUUAGUAAUUUCUAAAAAGAAAACAGUGAUCUGCUUAUACUAAGUUCUAAACAAAAUCACUGUACUUCUACUAGCCUAGAUCAUUAUUCUAGUAAAAUAGCUAAGGUGUAGGCAUUCUAAUAACUUAAGAAAGCCUAUGAUUAUAAGUAGAUACUCAAAAAUUAAAAGUUGUUGGUUUUUUUAUUUGUUUUUCAACUAGUCUGCUGUAGUUUUUAACUCUGAGGGCACAUACAUACAGAACUCAACUCUGUGCUAAACAGUCACCGGCAGUCUCCCCGAACUUUCAGCCCU